AUGACUUCUCUGAUUUUUGGCUCCAUCUACCUGGGCCACAAAGGCAUUGUUAAUCACCGUCGCGAAAAGCAGAGACAGAAGAAUUAUCAGCGAUGGGAGGGGUUACGAGAUGAAUACGACGAGCAGAGAAAGGUUAGCCGGGAAUCGAGGUCCUUGGACAUUCAACGCACAGGCCCCGACUACGCCAGAGACGUUGAGCUUGAUCGGCCCAUCCUGACCCUACGAGAUCAACAAGAAGCGAAUGAUGCCCGCACUAGUUGGCGACCUCAGGAAAGCUUUGAUGGCUUAACAUCUCCGCAGGCUGAUCGACGCACUAGUGUUGAGGUCGCAUCUGGGUCUGGUCUUAGGCCAUUAAUGCAGCAAAACAAGACCGGCUCGACCUGGGACGACGGUCUUCCACAACGCUUGAAAGUGAGUCGCCGCAACUGGGACGAUUACCAACCAUCUGGUCUGAGUGAAAGUGUCAGCCGAAGUGGGAGCAUCAAGGGAAGAAGCGCUGCAGGUACCCCGGGUCCAGAAAGAAGCCCCAGCAAAAGCCCAACCUCUAUGAACAAGCAAGUCUCUCCACACCCAGACUACUCGGCACAAACGACAGCCUCCCAUCUAGCAGACCAUCGAAGCGUCAGCAUGCCAGCACAGUCAAACCAUCAACCAAACGCCGAACCCGUCCAGUAUGCGACACCUGGUGGACUUAUGGCGGAGCUGAUCGAGUCUGGAAAUGCAUCACAGCAACGCCAGCAAAGUCCAUUUUCCCAACCUUAUCAU